AUGUUCUCUACACAAACUGUGGAACCUUUGUGGCCCAAUACGGCAAACAAACCAUCAAUGAAUGUUUGGUGCAGAUGGAAACGUAAAUUUUUUGACUACAUUGAAUUACUUUUGACCCUGAACCCCAGCAUACAUCUGUCAGAGGAUCAGCAAAUCAAGUUACUUCGACAACAUCUCGGUUCGGAAGGUAUAUAUGAGAAUAAUUCUCUGGAUGACGCAUUGAAAGCUCUUGACGGACUUUGGAGCCUUCGAGUGCAUGUGCAUACCGCCCGUUUUGCAUUACACAAAUUGCACCAACAACCGGAGGAGACGGUUGAUGAUUUCAUUUUACGUAUUCAGCGGACCCUUCCAGAUUGCCGCUAUCACGAGUUACCACCAUCCAAGUUCGAAGAAGUCAUGGCAACUCAGUGCUUACUGGCAAGAGUCUGGGACGAUAAAGCUCGGGAACGACUGCUAUAG